CACAUGUAGCAAUGAGUGUGACACUUGUAUAACAUUUAGGACAUGUUUACUUCAAUUCUUAAUAAACGGUGUUUAAUAAACCCUGCGUUAGUAAGACGUUGCAUAGUAAGCGGUGUUUAGUAAGCCAGCGUUUACUUCAUAAUGAAUUCGGGCCUAAUUAAUCUAAAGUCCGUCUCCUUCACUGGGCUUAAAACAUGGCUUACAUUUAAAACCCUAUGUAGCAGUUCUAUCACCGGGCAGUUCAAGCCGAUUAUGUAGAGCAGAGCAUCGACUACCAUCAAACAUCUUCCUCCAUUUUUCUGUCUCCAUCUAUUAAGAUACAUAAAGGUAAUAUAUUCUUCUUCACUCCGCUGCAUCUAUCUUCUCCAUUCGAAAUCUAACCCACACAAUAAACGUAAAUAGAGGAGAUGGCAGAACUUUAAUGGAGCUUCGUUGGGUUAGUCACCUUGUAUCUGAGAGAGGAGGGUUUUUCUCACGUUUGAGAGAAAGUUUAGAGGAGAUGGCAGAACUUUCAGUUUUCGGUGUCGUAUGAAAGGAAUGGAUGAGGACGGCCGAGUCUGAGCUAAGGCGAUUUUAUGGACCCGAAGGCAUUCUCCAAGCUGUCCCGGCAACUGGCCAAGGACAAGAAGAAGAAGGAGGAGAGGCCCCCGGCACAGCCGCAGGGAGAUGUCCUCUCCAAGAAGCAGGAGACCCCUGAGGGUCAAGGGCCCUCAAAGGGGGUUGUAAUCGCUGGCGCCGGUUCUGAUGCCGGAGGCUCCAAGGAGGGGGGGCUCAAGCGAAAAAACGCCGGGAAGGGCGUCAGGCCUCCGGAAGAAAAAAAAUUGAAGGGGGACAUUGAGCCGAAGGAUACCCCCGUGGUGAUCAUUGAUGACCCCCCAGCCGGCCAAUCGUCUGCCACUGCUCCCCCGGAGGAUCUUGUCGAGGGUGCCUGGCCCCUUGAAACAGUACACUUCCCCAUCAAGAAGGGGACAGCCAUCAUGCAUGGCACCCUCGACCCGAGGGAAUUCUUGAGGGGUGCCACCCCUUCGGUGGAUAGGUCCACCCUUAGCCGGUUCGGGGACGAAGCCCUCGAGCUCAAGGCCCUCCAGGCCUCGGCCACUGCUAGCUUGGCCUUCGGGGAACUUGUCCGCAGGGCGGAACAGCACCGCCUCGAGAAGGCGAAGUCUGACGAGGUGACGAGGAAGCUCAUUGCCAAUAACACUGAGGCCAUCAGGCAGCUUGCUAUGUUGGAGGAGGCCCUUCGGCAGGCCGAGCAGAAGUUGGAGGGGGCCAAGAAUGAGGCGAGGGCCGAGGGCAUCGCCAAGGGGAAGGCUGAGGCAGAGAAAGCUGCCGCCGAAGCCGCCAAAGCAGCCGCCGAGGAAGCUGAUAAGGCCAAAGCCGAUGCCGUUGCCAAAGCUGCCGAGGAUGCUGUUGCUUCUUUCGUUGCCGAUGGCUGGAAGGCCGAAGAGUACCAGCAGUGGGUGGCCUCGGUGGUUGAGGCCAAAGCGGAUGCCUGGGUGAAGGGCCCCGGGGCAAUGUGGCUUGCUCUGAAGGGGAAGAGUUUCUAUGAGGGGGGCCAGUAUUUCACGCAAGCCAUGCUUUACCGGAAGCUGGCUCGGCAUUUUGGGGUGGACCCCAAGGACUUUGAUCCCACGCCUUACGGCCUUCCCCCCCUGCUCCAAGACGUCAGGAUUCCUCUUCCAGAAGGUGAAGAGAGGCAGCUUCUGGAGGACUCGGAGCUGGAUAGGCUGGCCUCGGAUGAUGAAGGAGAAGCUGAGGAUGACGCCUCCUCCAAACCGAAGGGAGAUACAACAAAAGAUGUUGCAGCUUGAAGUUUCGCCAAGUGUAAUGUUGUAGUAGUCUGUAGUCCCCGGCCUCGGCCAUACUUUGUGAUGAAACAUGAUUUGUAUUUUAAAUAUUUUUUUUCUUGGAUGAAUGAACGAUCGCCUUCGGGCUUUUGUUGAUUGAAUGCCU